ACCGGACUCUUGCGGAGAGUACGACUACAUAUGUACUGCUGCAGUACUGCUCGGUCUUCGUAGUCCUCGGUAUCAGCAACAAUACUUACCGGUCCUUCUCAUUUUCAUGGGAACGUUCGUGGCCGACUCGGGCUCGGAUUCGCGGCAUGCAUACUUGCGUCCACACUCGGCAUGCGACCGUCGGUGCGCCAGCUAUGUAAAGAGGUCGACAUUCUCUUCGGUUUCUCCAUCCCAAGUAGCCUCCCUCAGCUCGAAUCGCGUCUGUCAUGGCUUGUGCCGAAUGUACCAGCGGUAGCAUCCACUCCGGGACGCCGGUCGGGAAGGAGAUCACGCUCGGCGGCCUCCAGAGCUAUGUGACGGGCAACGAGAACUCGAAGCGAAUCAUCGUCUUCGGCACCGACGUCUUUGGAUGGCGUCUGCCCAACGCACGUAUUCUCGCGGACGAGUAUGCAGCGAAGGAUUUCUGGGUGGUGGUUCCGGACCUCUUCGGUGGUUAUGAACUGCCCCGAUGGACGCUGACCGCCACUGAGGACACCGACAAACCUACGCUCAAGCAGAGGCUCCUGCGGCCCCUCCUGCUCUUCCUCUUUAUUCCCUUCCUCUUCCGCAACACCAAAGCCUCUCAGACCAACAAGAUCAACGGUCUUCUCUCGCACCUCCGCGCGACGCACCCCGAAGCCAAGAUCGGGAUGACAGGCUUCUGUUGGGGUGGCCGCUUUGCGAUUACGAUGAACCACCUCUUCGACGCGACCGUCGCGGCGCAUCCAUCGCGCGUCAAGCUCCCUGACGAGCUGCAGGAGGUGACAAAGCCCAUCAGCUUUGCCGUCGCGGGGAUGGACAGGCAGUUUGACGCAAAGCGCGCGGAUGAGACGGAGGCGCUGCUGCGCAGCAGGGGCUUCAGCGACUUCGAGGUAGUCGUUUACAAGGGCGCGCAUCAUGGGUGGACUGUGCGCACGGAUAUGGCGAAUCCGGAGAAGAAGGCGCAGAGGGACCAGGCGAGGGACCAGGUGUUGAAUUGGUUCGAGAAGCAUCUGACGGUGGAAGCGACGUGAACUACUGUUCCGUAAGCAACUAUAGUGCUCAUUCAUGACCAGUCAUUCUCUCUUCUGGCUCGUGUUUCGUAUGUUAUCGAUUGUUGUACGUUUCAUCCUUAUUCUCCUGUCCUUCGAAUCGCUACUUUGAUACCAACGUUUGUACUGAUCG